CGAGGCGAUCGAAUUCCCUGCCGCGGACAACAACAAUAAUGGCUGGCCAUAAGCGGACUGCCGACGGCGAGAUGGCGGCCGCGACGACUGAAUCCGAGAUCGUGGGCAUGCCCCAGAAGAAGUUCUAUCGCAGCCGAGCUCAUUGCAACCCACUGUCGCACAAUGACUCGUUUGACUAUCCGUUGAACCCUGCCGACAUGAACUGGAGUACGCACUUCCCCAAGCUCGAGAACCCGAAAGUGGACAUUUUGGACAUUGGAUGCGGGUUCGGCGGGCUCACGAUCGCCCUCGCCGGUCUGUUCCCUGACAAGACGACGCUGGCAAUGGAGAUUCGCCCCAAGGUCACCGAGUACGUUCGACUGCGCAUUGAAGCCCUUCGCCAGGAGAAUGCUUCCACCAACCAGUUUCAAAACGUGUCCGUGUUGCGCACCAACGCCAUGCGCUACUUGCCGCACUACUUUGAAAAAGGCCAAAUCCAAAAAAUGUUCUUUUGCUUUCCCGACCCGCAAUUCAAGCAGCGCAACCACCGCCGUCGCAUUGUCAACACGCAUUUGCUGGCCGAAUACGCGUACUUGAUCCCUGAAGGCGGCAUCUUGUACACGAUCACGGACGUCGAGGACCUGCACAACUGGCACGUGGCCAAGUGCGACGCCCACCCCUGCUUUGAACGCAUCACGGACGAAGCUGUGCUCAGCGCGGAUCCGUGCGUGGCGGCCAUGACCAACGAGACGGAAGAGGGCAAAAAGGUGGCCCGCAGCGGCGGCAACAAGUACAUUGCAGUGUACCGCCGCGUGUCGGACGCGCACGUCCAGGCGACGGCGUCGACGUUGUUUUAAUCGACUUAACUGUAUCGCAUA